AUGGCAUCGACCAAGCCCAUUUCUCCGAGCGACCAAGUGGAAUCAUGCAAAGAGCCAACGGAUUCAGGUCCAGAGAUCUCCAAGAUCGCCAGCAUGGGCGUGGCCUCUGUUGAUGAUGUAAAGACCUCACCCAAAGAUGUCGACCCUGCCAUGGCUGUGGCUGGCGAUGAGGUGCUUCACUUUACCCCCGAGGAGGAGGCGUCAGUCUUGCGAAAGAUUGACAUGUAUAUUUUGCCCUUGAUGUGCUGGAUCUACGCCAUUCAGUUUGCCGACAAGAUUAGUCUCAACUAUGCGUCCUUGAUGGGUAUCCGUGAGGACACGCAUCUCGAUCCGAAUUCGCAGCAGUACAGUUGGGCCUCUAGCAUCUUCUAUGCUGGUUAUAUCCUAUACGAAUUUCCUACCACAUACUUGCUCCGUCGCUUGCCCAUUGCCAAGUACAGAGAUCGGAACUUUAUAUCCGUGCCACGCUAA